AUGUCGGAUUUCGCCGCCGCCACCGCUGGCCUAUUGGUCAUGCGCAUGGUCGAGGCGACCUCAAGCUGGUUCUCCGUUGAUCCCGGGCCGGCCGACCCUGGGUGCCAGUUCGCGGUGUUCGUGAGGUGCUAUGUCAAGCGGUCCCUGGAGUUCCACGGACGCGGCCAGCCGGCGACCGUGCGGCACCAGCCGUACAUCGGGCCAACCAACGGCUCCGCCAGGAAGUUCCUCGUGAAAGACCUCUCCGUGCUCCAGACCGACGGUGGCUGCCGCUGGGCGCUCCGCAGGAUGCUGGCGAGGAUGCCCCAGCUCGGUGUGCUCCGCCUCGCCGAGGACGAGUGGGACGCCGUCGUACCCUCCAACGUGGUGCCGCAGAUCGUCCGCGUGGCGUGCGGCGACGGCGCCACCCGCGGCUUCACCUUCCGCUUCGUGCUGGAGGUGGCCCGGAAGUUCGUACACGACGAGCAGGCUCUCCUGAUGGCGUGUAAGGAGAGGGAGCUGGCCGGCAGCGACAGCCCCGACGACUGCCCGAUCUGCUUGGAGGGUCUGGAGGGAGAGCUCGCCGUGCAGCCGCCGAGGUGCCCGCACACGUUCCACCGCCGGUGCAUUUUCAGGUGGUUCUGCCAGGCGCCGACGUGCCCGAUUUGCCGCCGCGACGUGAGGAUCUGUGCCCUGCCGGAGUUUCUUGCUCUGUAG